UCGAGUUGUGUCUGCCGUGGUGUCUCACACUUGCAAAGCGUCAGUCUAAAGUCUGGAAAUGCUAGCAAUGUUAUUGCUAGCACUAGCAUGACUGUUCCCCACCGUGAAAAUGACAGUCCAAUCAGCAGACCAAGGGUGGAGGAAGUGUUAGGCAAGGAUAAAGCUUGCAGGUUACUCAGUUGGUACAAUGAGAACGAGGUUGUUGCUGACGCGAUUAUUGCUGAAACAUAUCCAAAGAAGGAGUGCCAUGGAUUGCCAAUAGGUUUUGCAGCAUACAAAGUAACUGUGAUUACGUCUCAUGUUGAUGACGCCAUUCUCCACAAGCAAUCCGGUGAGUUGAAGCGUGUAAUAGAAGAUGUAGGAACUUAUACCACAUGGGCCAAGGAUCUGAUAUUUCCUGCCAUCUGAC